AUGGGGGAAAAUGAUUGGGGGGCAUUGUGCCGAAAAGUGAUCAAGAUAGAGGAAGAGUACAAAAAAAGUGACGUUGUCGUUGAUAGAUUGACGGACGAAUUUAUAAUCCAUGUCAGCGACGAUGAAUCAGAUACCGAGUCUGAGGAGGAAUCGGAUUCCAGCGAAGACGAAGGAAGUGAUGUUUCCAUGGAAGCUCCUUCUACAAAAAAAAAACAAGCAGACGUUUUUAUGGAAGGAAUACAGCCCUUAACUUAA